ACAAUGAUAACUGAAAUAUUUCUCAUUGGCUUUCAAAACCUUGAAGAUGUUAGGUUCUUCAUCAUCUUUAUAUGCCUAGUCAUGUACUUGGCUACAAUAACUGGCAAUAUCAUGAUUAUUUUGUUGGUUUCCACCAGUCAUCAUCUCCGAUCUCCAAUGUUCUUUUAUCUUGGUCAACUCUCCUUCUCAGAUAUGUUGCUCAUUUCCAACAUUGUGCCUUUCUUGGUGCAUAUUAUACUAUUCAAUGGUGGCCUAGUGCCCCUUAAGGGUUGUAUAACUCAGUUCUUUUUCUAUGGUCUUUCUGCAACUACCGAGUGUCUUCUGCUGACAGCAAUGUCCUACGACCGUUAUCUUGCUAUUUGCAGCCCAUUGCAUUACUCGUCCAUCAUGAGCCCAAAACUCUGUCUAUAUAUAGUUGUAUCUUGCUGGUCUCUGGGCUUUAUAAUAACCCUGAUUCCAGUAUUAUUGAUACAGACAUUGUGGUUUUGUGGUCCCAAUGUCAUUGACCACUUCUUUUGUGACCUUGGACCUCUUCUGGAGCUAUCCUGUUCAGAUGUUUCCAUUGUGAAAUAUGAGGUGCUUUCACUCUCUGGUCUCCUAACCAUUAUUCCCUUUGUAUUUAUUGUGGUCACAUAUGUUUAUAUCUUUGUAACCAUCAUGAAGAUCACCUCCGUCACAGGGAGGCAGAAGACAUUUUCUACAUGUAGUUCUCACCUGGCUGUAGUAUGUACCUAUUAUGGAGCGCUUUUUGCAAUAUAUGUAGUACCCCGUACAGGGCAAUCUUUGAAUGCCAACAAAAUGGUAUCCCUCAUGUACUCAAUGGUCACUCCAUUAUUUAAUCCUAUUAUAUAUGGUUUAAGAAAUAAGGAAAUCAAGGUGGCCAUCCGAAAUUAUCUCCGGAUCUGCAGAAGAAACAGAAUAAAAUGA